AUGCAGGAGAAGCUAACGGACCACCAGCCUCCCGCUUCAUCGAGGGCGUCGUCGUUUUUCAUCGAGAACCUCCUGGGCAACGGGCGGAGUAGCCAUGAGUCGAUGUCGGAGAGGAGUCGUGGGGAAGCGGGUGUGGAGGUGGUUUCCACCGACCGAGUCCUGAACGCACAUUACGCCCAGGCGAGCGCUGCAGCGCCCGAUAGCUCCAGCUCCGCAGCUCGGUCCCCGUACAGAGACUCUCCGCUGGAGUGGUACCGCGAGGGGACUGCCUUACACUUCAGAGCUCUGGAGACACCACAGAGUCCAAGAGACAACACGAGCUCAGACGACCACUGCUGCUCCAUAUCCACCAGUGACAGGUGCUCCCCGGCUGUCUCUGAGCCGAUAACGGAGGGCAGCGACGAAACCGACAGGAAGACCGGCGACAGCCACCUGACAGACGAGGACGCUCACAACAAUUUCGACGCGCGAUCGGAGCAGGACGCGUCCUCGGAACAGAGCUCCACCCGGAAGAAGAAGACCCGGACCGUGUUUAGCCGCAGUCAGGUGUUUCAGCUGGAGUCCACCUUCGACGUGAAACGGUACCUGAGCAGCUCGGAGAGGGCGGGGCUGGCGGCGUCCCUCCACCUGACAGAGACUCAGGUCAAAAUCUGGUUCCAGAACCGGAGGAAUAAAUGGAAGAGACAGCUGGCGGCGGACCUCGAGGCUGCACACAUCCCACACUCCACCCAGCGGAUUGUCAGGGUCCCCAUCCUGUACCACGAGGGGCCCACACCCACUCCGACACUGGGGUUCAACCUGAACGGACAUCCACUGUCUCCACCCGUCGCGGGCUUCUCCAGCUCCAUCAACUACCCUCUGUCCUCGUUCGCUCACUCCAUGAGCUUGUUAAGGUCGCAGAUGACCGGCUUGGUGUAA